AUGUCUUUAAACAAUUCUACCCCGAGCUCUCCCUCAACUACAUCUGCCUCAACCACUCCUUCAUACCUCAUCAUUGGGGCUGGUGUAUUCGGCGUAUCAACUGCUUAUCACCUAAUUCGGAAAUAUCCUAAUGCAUCAGUGACUCUGGUUGAUCGAGAUGCAUACGAUGCCGAGUCUCGAGUAGCUGCAUCAUGGGACUGGAACAAGGUUGUUCGCGCCGACUACGACGAUAUGAUCUACUGCAGACUGGCUCUUGAGGCCCAAGACAUUUUCAAGUCAGAUCCUCUUUGGCAACCCUUUUUCCACCAGACCGGCGUCUACUGGAAUUGCCGUAGUAACUAUGCGCAAACCGUUAUUUCCCACCACAAGGAGCUCGGCCGUAGUGAUGACAUCAUUGCACUGCCUGUCUCCGAGGCCCGGAAACUUUACAACGGAAUUUUCGAGAACGCAGAUUAUACCGGCGUCAAAGAAGUUCUCGUGAACAGGGCCAGUGGUUGGGCUGCUGCUGGAGAUUCUCUUCGAGCUGUUACGAAGAAAUGCCUCGAGUUGGGCGUAAAGUACGUGACGGCUGACGUCUCUACUCUUGAAUUUAAUGGCCGUGGCUCUUGCACUGGCGCCAAGACGAAAUAUGGCCAGACCUUGUCCGCUACGCAUACUAUCGUCGCUGCUGGUGCUUUUACACCCACAUUGCUGGAGUGGAGUGCCGCCAAGAGCGGCAAUACUGGUCUCCGAGCUGGAGACAGAAUUGUGGCCGCUGGUAUUACAACGGGAAUGGCACAGCUCGACGCGGAGGGAUAUAAGAAGUAUAAGGACAUGCCUGUUGGCUUCCAGGGCUACACAUCCGAGGAGGGCAAGCCAUUCAUUGGUAGCAUUCCUCCAACCGCGGAUGGAGAGCUUAAGUGGUGGGGAUCAAAAAUUUUUACAAACACGCGAGAGGUAUUGCCUGGACGGUACAUUUCCUCUCCACCCCCCACACAUGACUACAACCAGUGGAAAGUUCCUGGACCUCUCAAGCAGGAUAUCAUUGAGUCCAGGAAUCUGUGGUAUGGACCCGAGAGUGCGGAUUGGAACAUGACGAAGCACCGAAUUUGCUGGGACGCUUUCACCACUACCUCUGACUUCAUCAUAUCUCCACACUCUGCUUCCCGAGGACUUUACGUCGCAACUUGCGGCUCUUUCCACGGCUUCAAGUUCUUCCCUGUGCUUGGAAAGUAUAUCACACAGAUGCUGGAGGGAGAACUGGAGCCUAAAUUGGCAGAGAAGUGGGCGUGGGACCGACAGCGACCCGACUCAUCUGACAAUGUCGAGUACCCUAACUCUGAGAUGAAGCAUCUCUUAGGCUCGACUGCUAAGCUGUAA